GGUGGUUCGUGAGUGUCGUCUCGCGGCGCGUCGUCUUUUAGCGCGUGUUCGAAACCCGUGCCAACACAGAUUUACUUUAUUUUAUUUUUUGGUUUAUCCUACUUACUUCAGCCGCUACGGGCGAUCAUACAUAUAACUUGUUAUCUCUGCAAGAAUAUCAAAAUCAUGCAAUGAGCAAGUCUGCGUUUAUUAGGCACUUAAUAUCACGUCAGUUUGUGCUUUCAGAAUCGGCGAAUCUGCUGCCGUCGUUCCAGCACAUCUGCAGCGGAGACCUAAACAGGAAGUUGGUCACCAGAUAACACGGCUUUAUCUGACUAAUGCAUGGUCAAAUGGCAGAAACUACAAAAGAAGAAGUAGAUGCUGGAAAUGAGGUUAAUGACCCAUCAGAAUGGGCUGAGGAUGCAACCAAGGGUUCGAAAAAUGAUGAAAAACAGAUGGAAAGUCCACUCAAAGAGAAGAGUCUUGGGUUCAGGAUGUCGUUCAGAGAAAGUUUGAAAGCGGUCAGUAAAAAGAGCCCUAUUGUAUUUAAAAACAAAAGGUCAGAGAACAGUGAUGACCAAAGCUCAAAUUCUCCAUUACGACCACCGCACUCUCCAAGUUUGAGCAAAGGAUCUCCCUCGCAAUCUUCAUUUCAGAGUCCAAAGGCAGGAAAGGCUUCUCUUGCCAGAACUAUGUCAGAUUCUGCAGUUGAAAUAACAGGUUCAUUGGCCAAGAGAGGGGCCUCGAUCAGGCAGAGUUUGGGUCUGGGUACUAAACAAAAAAAACAAGAACCACUUGAACCUGUCACAGAGGCGAAGACUUCCUCUGAAGAGCAGACAGAGGUCAUAGAUACAGUGUUGGAGCUCAGAAAAACAUAUACUCUGCCAGAGAUACCACCUAUGCCUUUGUCAGUAAUGGAGAUUAACAAACUGAUAGAGAGGGAAGUUCUAGAGGAGGCCUAUGUGAAUCUACUGUCUCUACGCCUAGAGUUUCAGAAGGAGCAUCAAGCUCUGGAUCAAGAAGACUAUCCCAUCGAACUAGUCAAUAAAGAGAAAGAUCUCAGUCUGCUCUAUGGCACAUUAAGGAGCAAAAUGUUUGACAUCGUACGCAACUCCAGUGCUCUUCCCUCACGCAAUAAAGAGCUGCUGGUGUAUGUAGCACAGAUUAUCCUAGAGGAAGAAAAGAGGCAGGGGGAGCCAGGAGCGAUGCAGGGAUGGAGGGAAGCAUGGAGGGAUGCAGUGCUAAACGGGGUUCGAGAUACACUGAAGAAAGUUCAUCUGGACAGCCCAGAGCAGAACGCACCCUGGCUGGCAGUGCAUCUAGGGCGUCUGGGUAAAGCUGUGGUGGAGGAUUUGGAGAGAGUGAAGAAUGAGCUUCAGAGCCCAUAUCCAGAAGACUUUAAUGUGUUUCAAACCUAUGUGUCCUGCUAUCACGAGGCUGUAGGAGAGCAUCUAAAGAGACUUCUGGAAAAGGUGAUAGAGCUGAAAGAUUACUAUGCUCUUCUAGAGUUCAUUAUUCAUCGCUACCCCAGUGAGAAAGUAAUGGGGAGCAGCUCUCUGCAGCCUGAGUUGAAGGAAGAUCAGAGAGUACUGACACUGGACAAAAAUUUCCUGAAUAAGAUAAAAGACAAAUACUGUGGUCGCUUACAGGCUGACAUGAAAACAUCACUCAACAGAAUUAUUGAGUUGGAGAAUGAGGAAAUGUGGAAAGAAAAGAGAAAACCAGAGAUUGAUGAGGGAAUCUACAGCUCACACAUUGACAUGGACAUCUGGACGAAUAUUAAAGGGAAUGUACAAGGAUCCAGGACACUUGAUGUGAACCUUGAGCAGAAGGUUGUGCGUUCCUGUUUGGAGGAACUGAAGACCUUUCCAAAACGGUUUGAGUCAGCGUUUGUUGAGUGGAGCAGUUCUCUGUCAAACUCCUCUCUCUGGGCAGAGUAUCACAUCAGUUACAUCAACAGCUUCAGUGCCCUGAAAGAGCACAUGAAGAGCUAUCAAGACACCUGCCCAAUCCAGCUAGGGCUGGUUCACAAUGAAAUCGAUGGACUGACCACCAGAUUGAGUCAAGCUGUGAUGGAGGACUUCAAAACAAAUGUCAAGCCUUUCCUCAGGAGACAAAUGACAGGGAAAUGGUUUUCAUUUGAUGAAGACUUUUCACAGCUGAUCAGCAGAACUAAGACUCUUUCUGAUCAGAGCAAGUUCAUGACCCCAAAACAUAAACAGGCUUUUGUGAACAAAGCUCACUUUUUUGUGGUGAAGGAAUAUGUAUCUCAGCUGAUGAAGAAUAACUACUCAUGCAAAAACAGGAAGAAUGAGACAGCUGCCACUAAGAUAACAAAUCAGUGGGAGGAACUGAAGGAGAUUUUCCAAGAUAUGAACUCAACCUUAGAUUGGCUUCAUCCAGUCGGGAACCAGCUGAGCAUGAUCAUUGGGUGCAAAAAAAGUGACGUAAAACACAAUUUACAACCAUUAGUUAAUAACUAUCCAGACAUCAGGAAGAGCCAUGUCUCAGCUGUGCUGUACUUCCGGGGAAUUAUAAGAGGCAGGGAAAAGCAUACUAUACUACAGCGGCUGGCAGAGCUGAAGCAGAGAACAGGGAAUACUGGGAAUAAAGAGCAGGCUCUCUUUAGUGAGAUUCAAGCAGCAGUCAACACAGACUGCCUGGCUGGUACACCCUUCUCCUGUCUGUCCUUCAUUGUACCAGACAGCUAAUGCACUUCAUUUGAUUUGAAGUGGACGACAAAAUCAUUGCACUGUUUGAAAGCGACCAUAAGUCUAAUUCAGAGUAUGAGCAAUACUAAUAUAUUAUGAGCAAUAAGGAAUGCUCUCAUGCCUCUUGUCAAUCCUUCAUGGUCUUGAAACAUUGUUGCUUUUUCGGAUAAAAUAGACGAGGCAAAGAAUGGGCUAAAAUGGUCGUAGUAUGUUGUGAUCAUACUUAUGCCAUUUGUUAAUGUUGUUAGUAAAUAAUGAUAAAAUAGUACCAGGCCUUGAUAGUGUGAUAUUUCUAAAUGCCACAUUGUAGUCGAGAAGCUUUCUCAAAAAUGCAUGCUGGUUUCAGUAAUCCACUAUGAACAGCUAUGAGAUCACAUUCAGGUCAUGUUCAAUUGAUGUCUUCUUGAUUGGUUUCACUCAGAAAUGACUUCUUACAGAAAUAAAAAUAAGUUGUAAAAGUUGAGAACCUUAUCAAAACAUCUUCUGUACACCACCAGAGGUCUCUAUAACACUGCAGUGCACUUUCCAUCAUUAGCUUAAACGACUGAUCAGAUUUGUAU